GCUUCAUGCUCGUCUGCAAACUAUUUUAAAAGUUAAAAUAUGUCUUCCAUAAGUUCAUUAUUAUUAUUGUUUAUUACUUGUCUUUGUGUAAAAGUUGAUACAUUCUCUCGAUUUCCCGUAGGGGCAUUAUUUAAUCAUGAAACAAAUUCAAGAUCGGAAGAAGUGUUUAGAGUACUAUCAAGUUUGGACACUUCAAAACCUUUUCAAGGUCGUAUUUUACAUCCAAAUGUCAUCAACUCUUUGUCUGUAUCACAAGAACUAUGCUCCGAUACUUCGGAAAAUAAAGGUAUUGUGGCAUUAAUCGAUGUGCGACCAACGAAUGGUAUUUGUGAUAUCACUUGUUUGCUGUGUAAUAAACUGCAUAUUUCCCAUCUUUCUGUUGCUUGGGAAAUACCAGAUACCUCGGAUCAAGAUGAGUUUUCAUUUUUCUACCAUCCGCCAUCAGAGCUUAUAUCAAAAGCGUACGCCACACUUAUCAAAGAGUUAGAGUGGGACAGAUUUACGUUCUUCUAUGAGGACGAUGGCAGUUUUGUACGACUUCAAGAAGUAAUAAAUUCUUGGCCAUACAACAAUGAAAGGAUACAAUUUGAAAAAUUAGAACCCGAUGGCGACAAUCGGAAGACGUUCAAAAAUGUAUUUGGGGUACUACGAAUUAGUUACCAUUUAAUAGAUUGUGACGUCAACAACAUACAGAAAUAUAUGAAGGAAAUUGUUUCUGUUAAUAAUUCAACACAAUAUCAGAGUUUUAUUUUAACAGCUCUCGAUUCGUACUUGAUAAAACUAGACGAUAUCUCACAACUUCGUGCAAACGUAUCUACUCUACAUUUAACAAAAUCAAAUGAACCCAUUUGGAGAGAUUUCGGUAUAGACACUGCUGAAAUGCCUGUUCUGAUAGAGACAGCGCUAACGGCAGAUGCAUUGAAUCAUUUUGAAAAAGCUAUUCGUACUAUGAGACAGGAGAAUAUGAUGGAAUACGUUGAUCCACCAGAAAUAUGUUUUGCUGAGAACAAAGCUGCUUAUAAAGAAAAAGCGUGGAUACACGGGGAAGCCUUAAAGGAGGUCUUAUUACAGACUACAUUCAGAGGUACAACUGGAAACAUAACUUUUGAUGAGAAUGGAAAAAGAACUAAUUUUACGCUAUAUUAUUCCAAAUUAGAUAAAGAAAGUCAAUUUGUUCACGUCGGUACGUGGGAUUCAAAAACAGAUAGCUUCCUAACCAUAAACAAUGCGGUUACAGAUAGAUCUAAAGCUAUCACUUCGGAUUCUGUUGUUAGGGUUGCCAUGAAAGUAGGUAUGCCUUAUUUCGAUGUAGAAGAAGCAAAUGGAACAAUCAUCCAAAAGGGAUACGCAGUGGAUCUUAUUGAUGCUAUUUUCAAACAUAUAAGACAACAAAAGGGAUAUGGUGAUAUUAAACAUGAAAUAUAUAAAACGAAUGCGAAUAGUGCUGGAAAUCCAAUAGCCGGUACAAAAAAGUGGGAUGGAUUAAUAGGAGAAGUUUUAGAAUUAAAUGCAGAAAUGGCGAUAAGUGAUAUAACCAUAACAUCUGAACGUAGUGCCGUAGUGGAGUUUUCAAUGCCUUUUAUGUCUUUGGGUAUUAGUAUGCUGGUGAGAGAACGUGAUCCCCAGCAACCUGAUAUGUUUUCUUUUAUCAAGCCUUUAGCUCUGGACGUUUGGUUAUAUUUAGCUACUGCUUACAUUAUUGUAUCAUUUGUCCUAUUAAUUUGUGCUAGAAUGAGUCAAGGAGACUGGGUUAAUCCUCAUCCUUGUAACCAACAUCCUGAAAAUCUACAAAAUAUUUGGAGUUUAUACAACUGCAUGUGGCUUACAGUCGGCGCUAUAAUGACACAAGGAUGCGAUAUAUUACCAAGAGCGGCAGGGUCACGUUGGGUGACAGGAAUGUGGUGGUUUUUCGCCCUCAUAGUGACUGCGUCUUAUACAGCUAACAUGUCAACAUUUUUGAGUAACAGUCGACGUGAUAACGAAAUAAAAGAUGUCAAAGAACUUUCAGAACAAAACGAAGUUUCAUACGGUGUUCUUAUUAAUGGUUCAACCUACAACUUUUUCGAGAAUUCAAAUGAUUCGGUAUAUCAGAAGAUUUGGACUGUAAUGAAGUCUGCCAAGCCAACAGUGUUUACCAAUAACAAUGAUGAAGGCAGAGAUCGAGUGGUAAGAAGUAAAGGAAACUACGUCUUUUUCAUGGAAUCUACAGCUAUCGAGUAUUACAUGCAGAGGAAUUGCGAUUUGAAAAUGGUCGGCUCUAAACUAGAUUCUAAAGACUAUGGCAUCGCUUUACAUAAAAAUUCUCCCUACAAAAGGCUAGUAGAUAAUGCUAUAUUAGCUCUACAAGAGACAGGAGAUCUACUGUCAUUGAAAAAGAAAUGGUGGGAGAGUGAUGUUAAAGAAGGAAAUUGUGAGAAAUCUACGAACGAAGCAGAAGAUAAUGGUUCAUUACAAAUGAAGAAUACCAGUGGAAUAUUUUUAGUAUUGGGUUUCGGAGGAAUUUUAGGUUUCUUUGUGGCGAUAAUUGAUUUCUUAUUACACGCGCGACAAAUUUCUGUGAAAGAAAAGGUGACAUUCAAAGAGGCUCUGCUGAGUGAGUGGCGUGCGUCGCUGGAUCCACGCGUGCUGCACAAACCUGCCGCUCCUCCGCGCUCCGCGCCACCUUCAGUGACUCCCUCCCCGCGCCGCGAACGCUCUCAGUCCCGAGCCGUCUCCGUGCUCAGAGCUGCUACAUCCUUUAUCAAUUUUGAUGAGAUUUAUUAAUCUCGAUAUACAUGUCAUCACAAUAUUUUUAUAUAUAGUACUAGCUGUCGUCCGCGACUCCGUCCGCGUGGAUAUAUAAAUACUUGAUAUAUAGAUAAGUAAUGAAAAGCAGCUCUUCAAGGCA